AAUUAUUAUGAGUUUCUUUCACGCUUGAUUUUGGAGCGAAAUCCAAUCAAUGUGCUCUGAAAAUGACCAUCUUUUGGCGGACCUAUUUAUACGGGUAAAAUUAAUAGACAUUGUUUUGUUUCUACAAUCUCUGGCUUCAAACGAAACGAUAACAUAUAUGACGCCAUCACGUUCUGCCGUUGUGCUUAAUCGAAAUACUAGACUAUGUUUGCUUCGAUCUUUCUGAUGAUACGUUUGUUUGGAGUCUAGAUAUAUUUCGAUUGUUCGUGAUGAGACAGAUGGAUUUUAAGAUUGGAGUUUGAGGAUGUUCCCGAGGAGUGAUUAUGUUAAAGGGGUUUUGGUGAUGGAAUAGAGGAAUUUGAUAUUCCGAGUAGUGACUGUGGAAUUGCGGAGAGAUUUUUUAUGGGGAAAAUUUGGGCAUUUUCUUGUCAUUGUUCUUUGCAAGGGCUGGACUUGACAUUGAAACUUGAAUGGCUAAUUUUCAGCAGAACAUUCUUAUUGAUAGGGACAUUGAUCAGGCCAUUAGAGUCCUUAAGAAAGGGACAUAUCUGCUGAAGUAUGGGCGUCGGGGAAAACCCAAAUUAUGUCCAUUCAAUCUUUCUAUGGAUGAGACAUUGCUGAUCUGGUAUGUUGGCAAAGAAGAAAAACAACUCAAAUUAAGCCAGGUUUCAAGGAUUAUUCCUGGACAGCGCACAGCAAUAUUUCAGCGCUACCCACAGCCUGAGAAGGAAUAUCAAUCAUUUUCUCUUAUAUACAGUAACAGGUCCUUGGAUUUGAUAUGCAAGGACAAGGAUGAAGCUGAGCUAUGGUUUACAGCUCUUAGAGCCCUAAUUUCACCAGGCAACUGUCGCAAAUCAAGAAGCGAUGAAACAAUUGAUAGCAUAUCAUCAGAUAGCCCAUUAAGCCAUAGUCAAAGGAAUUCUCCCUAUAAUGUGUCAUCUACCAACAGCGAUAUAAUCUUUAAGGAUUCAGGAUACAAAAGUUCAAUUGUGGUUCCUUUUGAGAAAUCUCUGCAAAAUAAAUUGGGAAAAACUGUUUCUGAUGUUUUAUCAUAUACGGCAGCGGCCAAGGCCUACAAUCAAGCUGAUUUGGUUCCCAAGUCUCACAGUUUUGUAUCUUUGGUUGGUUUAGAUGAUACAAGUAGCUGUAGUUCCACAGUUGAUUCAUAUAGAGCUAGCUUAUCUAGUGCUGUGAGUUCAUCCAGCCAGGGAUCUUCUUAUGCAGAUUUUGAUGCUUUGUUUGAUGUUUUCUUCUGGGGAGAAGGAGUCUGUGAUGGGAUUUUGGGUGGUGGUUUGCAUGAGAUUGGAAUUUCAUCUGCUGCCAAGCGGGAUGUGCUUUGGCCAAAGGUACUUGAAUCAAAUGUGGUCCUUGAUGCACAGAAUGUUGCUUGUGGGAGUAAGCAUGCCGUCUUAGUUACAAAGCAGGGGCAGAUUUUUAGUUGGGGUGAGGGAUCUGGUGGCAGGCUUGGACAUGGAAUGGAAGCUGAUAUUUCUUACCCAAAGCUCGUUGAUGCUCUCAAUGGAUCAAAUGUUCGUUUUGUGGCAUGUGGGGAAUUUCACACCUGUGCAGCAACAAUUUCAGGUGAUCUUUAUACUUGGGGCGAUGGUGCUUACAAUAUUGGUCUUCUUGGACAUAUUAGUGAAGUCAGUUGCUGGACCCCUAGGAAGGUAAGUGGCCAAAUGGAGGGUGUGCAAGUAUCAUCUAUCUCUUGUGGACCUUGGCACACAGCUGCUGUUACAACAGCAGGUAAGUUAUUUACAUUUGGUGAUGGAACUUUUGGAGCCUUGGGCCAUGGAGAUCGUAGUAGCACGAGUGUGCCUAGGGAAGUUGAAAUUCUGAGAGAACAAAGAACACAGAUGGCCUCUUGUGGUGCUUGGCACACUGCUGCGGUUGUUGAAGUUAGUACUGGAUCUUCUAGUUCCAGUGGAGCUUCAUCUAGAAAGCUCUUCACCUGGGGGGAUGGGGCUGAAGGUCAACUUGGACAUGGUGAUGAAGAACCUAGACUAGUUCCAGAGAGAGUAGCAGUAUCAGAAGACACAAACUUUUGUAAAGUGGCCUGUGGUCACAGCAUAACCAUUGCAUUAACUGACUUAGGACAAGUAUAUUCCAUGGGAAGUCCUAAAUAUGGACUUCUUGGUAUUCCAGGAAGCAUUGGCAAGAUUCCCAUUCGCAUUGAAGGCAACAUCAGAAACAGUCACAUUGAAGAGAUAGCAUGUGGUUCUUAUCAUAUUGCUGUUUUAAGUUCAAAAGCUGAGGUCUACACUUGGGGUAAGGGAGCAAAUGGUCAGUUAGGCCAUGGAGACAAUGAAUACAGAAACAGUCCUACAAUUGUUGAAGCUUUGAGAAACAAACAAGUUAAGACUGUUGUUUGUGGUUCCAAUUUUACUGCUGCCAUUUGUCUUCAUAAUUCAGUUCCCAAUGCUGAUCGCUAUAUAUGUUCUGGUUGUCGAAAUACAUUUAAUUUCAGAAGAAAGCGUCAUAACUGCUACAACUGUGGGCUAGCUUUUUGUAGUGUAUGCAGCAGUAAGAGGUCUCUGAAAGCUGCUUUAGCUCCAGAAGCAAACAAACCUUAUCGUGUGUGUGAUGAUUGUUUUUCUAAAUUGAAUAGAGCCCCAGAGUCUAAAUCAAGUUCAUUAGAGCACAGAUCAAUCUCAAGGUCUCCUAGGAGUUCAAAUGGAAGUAUAAAUCAGAACUGUAAUGAGGUAUCUGAUAAAGAAAAUAAGAAUUCUAGAUCUGCUAGUAAACUUUUGAGGCUUGCUUCUUUUGAUUCAUUCAAAGAGGCUAAAGGUAGACAAUCUAAACUCAAUAGAUACAUUUGUCAUAGCUCUCCCUCUUUGAAUGGCACUUUCCAACGGGAUUCAGCCUCUGCAUUUAGGCAUUCAAACAAACUAUCUGCUUGCCUUCCUACUUCAAGAAUGGCUUCUCGACCACCAUCUCCUAUUUCAUGGAAGUCAAGUCAUUCCCGUUCCAUGACUAUGAAUUCAGCUCUUUUUGAUCUUGCAGAUCAAGAAAUCACUUUUGAUGAGUCAAAACAAACAAAUGACUGUCCCAACCAAGAAACAAUCGUAUUAAGGGCACAGGUGGAGGUUCUUACUCGCAAAUCCAGACUCCUAAAGGUAGAACUUGAUAGGACAUUGAGACAAUUGAAAGAGGCAUCUGCAAUUGCACAGCAAGAAGCUGAAAAAAACAAGGCUUCCCAGGAAGUAAUCCAAUCUCUAACUGCACAGUUGAAGCACAUGGCUGACAGAGCAACCGAACAACCAACUGAAGAUGAGAAAGCAGGUUCUAAUGUGUAGGGCAUAUCCAUCAUUCUGAGUCCAGCCUCUUAUCAGAACCAUUUGAUUAGUGCUAGCACAACCAGAGCCAUUUGACCCAAUUAGUCAAAUGGCAAUGUAGUAGUUCCAAUUUUUGUUGAACCAAAGGGAAGAAACAACUAAACAAAUUUAGGGUGGGUGGCAAAUGUUGAACGUGGUGUGUACAUAAGUGUUUCCACUUUGUCUAGAUGUGGCAACUACCUGAGACAGGUUUGUGUAGGUAAGUCAUAUUUUUUAGCAAGGAACAACAGGAGAAAAAAUGGGCAGAGCUUGGGAUCGAGAUAUUCUAGCCAUUACAGAGCAAAGCCAAGAGAUACUGGGAAAAGGCGGAAGCUGGUUGACUGAAACUUCUUUUGCAUGAGCCUGUCAAAUAGAAACAGUCAAUUUUGUUUUUCCAGCUUCUCUGAUUUAGUUGAAAGUACUUACUACGAGAUUUAAUUUUCGUAACACCAGGAAGGAUAGGAAAGAACCAAAAGGAGAAACGAAAGUGAAAAUUAAAUGAGAUUCGUAAAUUUCAACUAAUGUAGAUAUUUGGAUUUCUAGAUUAAGUUCUUUCUGUUGUACCUUGGUAUGAGGUGGUUUUGAAUCCAAAAUAGGCUGUAGUUUGUCAAAAAAAAAAAUUCAGUUUUUUAACUCCCC